AUGAAGGCCGCGAUCUCAGCAUUCGUCGUGCUCGCAGCGAGCGGGAAGGCUGCUGCAUCAUGGCUAGAUUGGCUCGACCCUGAUGUUACCGUCACAAACACCCUAACCCGGACAGUCCAGUACUGCCCGUGCAACGGCGAGGUCUACACUCCAACAGGAGAGGUCGGCCCUAUCGAAACAACGCCCACUGGACCGAGGACUAUCACAAAGGCAGGUCCCAUUGUUGUUGUCUAUACAACAGAGGGAUACUUGACAACGAAGACGGGAAUUGCAAUUGAGCUGUACCCUACAGAUGGUGCUCCUGGUUCUACCGUUACGAAGACGGUCUGGACCGGUGCGCAGCCCACCGAUGAUCUGGCUUGGAUUGAUUGGAGUGAUGACGACGUGGUGGAUGGAGCGACGUUGACGAGAACGCACACCGAGUUCACCACAGUGAUCGGGCCUGCCCCGACUAGCGAUGAGCCCGAGCCAUGGUCUGACUGGGUCGCUACCACCAACUCCCCCGUGACGACCUCGACAACAACACCGGGGAAUGUCGGCCCCAUUGGUGGUUCAACAACGUCGAGCGGUUACUGGUCUUCGCUAUGGACUUCAUCUUCAAGCUCCAGCAGCAACGACGUUGGGCCGAUCGGUGGCUCAACAACAACAUCCUCCAGCCUCUACAGUACCUCUACCACAACCUCAUCUGGGGGAGAUGUAGGUCCAAUCGGCGGUAGCACAACCACCACGUCGAGCUUGACCACCACGCCCGUGACUAGCUCUACCAUUGCUACAACUACCACGUCGGCUAUUGGAUCCCCCGUUGAGCAAACCACGUCGUCAACUACUGAAGCUGUUGGCACCACCACGACUAGCGCCGCCCUCACUACCACCACGACUUCCGCCAUCGUCGCUACCACAACCUCCGCCGCAUCAGCUACCCAGACCGUGAAUGUUGGCACCGACUACAUCUCUGGUAUACUCGAAGCUCAUAACCUCCAUCGGGCGAACCAUUCGGCUGCUGAUCUGACCUGGUCCACCAACUUGGCUACCAUUGCCGGCGAGACUGCUUCGUCCUGCGUCUACGCACAUGAUAUUACAACUGGAGGUGGCGGAUAUGGUCAAAACAUCGGUGCUGGCUAUCUUCCGGUCCAAGUCCCGAGCAUGAUUGGCAACGACAUGUAUAACCGUGAGAUGCCGCUGUAUCCUGGCCCUUACGAUUCCAACAACGUUGAUACCAGCACCUUCGCAUCCUGGGGUCACUUCACACAGAUUGUUUGGAAGGGCACCCAGCAAGUCGGCUGUGCUACUCAAUAUUGCCCGCAAGGAUUGACUAAUGCCGCGUUUGCGCAAUACUUCACUGUUUGCAAUUACUAUCCCCCAGGUAAUAUUGAAGGUGCCUAUGCCAACAUUGGUGCUCCUCUGGGCGAGCCAAUCACGGUUGUCAUUGAGCAGUAG